GAAUCCUAUCUAGUAACCUUCAAAAAUAUUUCAUUUCAACUAACUAACCCACAAAAUUUAAGUUUUUUGGCAUAAAUUAUGUAUCCGUACAAAAUUGUCGUUCUAUUAUUGGCUGUUCUUAAGCUCAACUGUAUUUGUUUGGGCGAUGUUGUGACAGCGAAAUCUGUUUGGAAACAGCACAAUAGAUAUAGGAAAAUGAAAGGUAUGCCAAAAUUAUCCUUGUCUAAAAAGCUGUGUAAAGAUUGCGAAGACUAUGCGAAGCAUCUAGCUACAUUGAAUGUCCCAGACCAAUCUUUAUUCGAGGACCUCCCAGACCCUUUUGAAUAUAUUGAAUUUUCGCUUGAUGAAGCCGAUAUCAAGGAUCACACAGAUUAUAUCUUAUCGGAUGAAAAGAAUAUCGAUUAUACAGAAAAUAUAUGCGAGUUUAAAUCUAAAUCUUGUGUUGAAACGUGGUAUACUUAUGGCCAUGAGGCUUAUAAAUCAGAUGACGAAUCACGAAAAUCACUUAGUGAUAAGUACACUGCACUCAUAUGGAAGUCAUCGAAGGAAAUGGGAGUGGGUAUAGCUCCAAAAAACUCCGGGACUAAAAACGGAAGGAAAAUAAUGGUCGUUAGGUAUUCUCCACCCGGCAAUGUGCGUGGCAAGUAUAAAGAAAACGUACCAGCACAUGAGGAGCUGUUGUGGGAUUUUGAAGUUGAUGUUAAUACUACGACUACGUCAAAAGCAUGCGGAACGAAAUCCUAUACAUUUGCUGUAUUACUCAGUUUCCAAACACUUACACAUUGGUUUCCAUAAGUAUUUAAAAUGCUAAAUAUAUUUGCGAUGUGUCAUGAAUUUUUAAAA